UUCUUGUUUCCUAUUAGAGGAAAUGUGGAACUUGAGAUGUCUAAUGAACUUGGCUGUCACAGCCAUGUUCAUCAAGUAUGCAUUCGGAGCUAGUCACAUCGUAGGAGCUCCUGGAGGCGGUUGGGACCAAACGACCAACUUCGACGCAUGGACAAAGGGUGAAACGCUUAAAGUUGGCGAUACUCUUGUCUUCCAAUAUGCAGCACCUCACAGCGUAUUUGAAGUUCCGGAGGCCGACUAUAAGACAUGUAACGGGAACAACCCAAUCUCAUCUGAUACGAGCGGUAACACAGUAAUCACUCUCUCUUCUGCGGGAAAGAGGUUCUUUAUUUGUGGAAUUACAAGCCAUUGCAGCCAAGGAAUGAAGCUCGAAGUUGAGAUUGUUGGAUCUACUCCGUCGUCGCCACCACCUAAGCCAACAACACCUUCCCCGCCUCCCCCUUCACCAGCAACACCUUCCCCACCUCCUCCUUCGCCAGCAACACCUUCCCGACCUCCCCCUUCGCCAGCAACACCUUCCCCACCUCCAAUCAAGUCUCCACCAAAAGCAACCUCACCACCAACAACUCCUGCCAAGUCUCCACCAAAACCCACUACUGCCCCAUCAACACCUGCAACCCCAGCAACACCUCCAAAAUCACAAGCUGGUAGUCCAUCUGAAGCACCUGCCAGUUCUCCUACCCAAACUACUGCAACAGGAACAAACUCAAAUUCUGGCAACAGAGGUCAUAAAGAGGUGAAAUUUGCAAUGGUGAUUGGUUUCGGGGUAACGAUUCUUAUGUCCCUUUAAACAGUUAUGGAAUUUCAUUACAGUUUACAGAUCAUAUGUACUGUUGAUGAUUUGUGUUUGCCUAUAUCUCAUUGUGGUGUUUCUUCUGUUUACCCUUCUAAACGUAAAAGCAAGGGAAUUCUUCGUAUCAUAUUCAUUUUAUCUGUAAGAAUAAUAGCACUAGCAAAAGUUCAUCUCUGUCU